UCAGCAAAAUAAUUUGGAUCUGGAAGGAAGACCAACCAGACCAAACAGACGACAGCUACAAAGCAACUUCAACUUCAAGUCUUUCACUCGUCAGUUCACCUUACAAUUACAUUAAACCCUGUUCUUGCCCUUCAUCAACAUCCAAAUCAUUGUCCAUUUCUACAACACUCACUUGAAAACUCCUACAAUCUUGUCCGAUUCAGAUCUUCUUUGAGAUCGUGAUCUGUGUGCUGGCUGCAUAUUCACGCUUAGUGGUAGUCGUGGGUGUAAUGAAACUCAAUUUCUUAUUGAAAUCUGACAAGAAAAGCAUUUGGGUAUAUUAGUUUCCUGGAUUUCUAAAGAAUAAGUUAUUAACUUUUGUCACUUGGAAUCAUGAAGUUUCAAUUUUCAUCUAUUGUUGCUCUUUGGCUUGUUUUUGACUUGUUGGUUGUUGUUUUUGGAAAUUCACACUUCCCUGAGGAGAUGUAUAGUUUUGAUAGGAACUCUCAUGUAACCUAUAAGUAUGACCGAAUGGGUGAAGUUCAGAAACAAUGUGUUUCUGUCUUAUCUGCUUCAUCUGAAUUGAGAUAUGAAUAUAGUGGUGUUACUGGUAUGAAAGGAGAGCUUUCUUUUGUGAAUGGGGAUUGGAGGCAAGAUGGAGGAAAGUUUCCCAUAAUGCCAUUUGAUGUUAGUGAAUCUCCAGGGACUUUGUCUCGAGACCGUGCUCCGUUGAACUUGGUCUCUUUUAGGGUAAUUGAUGUUGAUCAUGACAGUAGAUUGAAGAAGUCGGUUCCUAUCAAUGGUUUCAUGGUGAUGGGCAUUACUCGUGAUGGUAAUUUUGUGGACAAUGCAAAUAGUGGGAAUACUGAAUUCCAGUUAUGGCCCAGCCAUUCUCAGCUCUCGAUUCCCUUUCAAGGGGUUUACACCGAAACGAAGAAAAAUGGUGGGCAAAGGGUGUUGUGUUUGUUAGGGAAUACUAUGCUUCCAACUCGAGAGGCUGAUCCUGCCAAUCCAUGGGAAUGGAUGAAGAAUCCUGGUGAUAUACCUCUGUCAGAAGAUGAUCAAAUUUUGCUAGUUCUUCGCUAUCCCAUGACAUUCACAUUAACAAACAGGGUGAUUAGCGGAGAGUUAAGAAGUUUGAACCGUGAAUCCAAUACUAAAUAUUUUGAUGUGGUUCACAUAUCAUCGCAGUUGGGCAAGUCAGCAAAGUACACAUUUAGCUCACAACAUAUUGUGUCCAAAGCAUGCAAUCCAUACCCAUAUAAAGAUAACCUGACGAAUGAUGGCAUGAGUGUCUACCAAGGGGCAAGGUUUUGUGAAAUUCUUGAAGAAGUUACUAGAGAAAAACCUUUAUAUGUUGUGCCAAACUGGAGAUGCAACGGAACAGAUGCUUUCUGCAGUAAAUUAGGUCCUUUUUUGUCGGAUAAGGAAAUCAAAUCAACAGAUGGAGGCUUUCAAGAUGUUAAACUUUAUAUGCAGGAUGUUAUCUGUGAGCAAGCAGCUAGUAAUAGCAAUACUGGUUCUGCUAGGGUAUCAACAGUUUUUAGAGCAGUUUCUCCAUUAGAGAAUCAGUAUACUGCAGCAAAAAGAUCUGGCCCCAGCAACAUGUCUCUUGCCACCGAAGGGAUUUGGAAGUCUUCUAGCGGGCAGCUUUGCAUGGUUGGUUGCCCUGGAUUAAUUGAUGCCAAAGGGAGUAACUGUAAUACUAGGAUCUGUAUAUAUAUUCCUACCACUUUUUCCUUAAAGCAACGUAGUAUUAUUAUGGGAACUUUGUCUCCCAUUAAUAACAGUAGUGCCUUCUUUCCCCUAUCAUUUGAGCAACUUGUGCUACCUUCAGAACUCUGGAAUUAUUUUAAGUUCACUCAUCCAAAUUACAGUUACUCUAAAACUAUUUUGGCUGGCACUGUCCUAGAAAAAAAUGAGCCCUUCAGUUUUACAACUGUCGUAAAGAAAUCAUUGCUAACAUUCCCCAAGCUUGAAGAUAAUGAGUCAUUUCUAGAUAGUCUAUCUCUUCUUUCAGAAGAUCUCACUUUUCAUGUUCAUGGUUUUCCUGACCCUAUGCCUAAUGUCCUGGCCCCGAGAGUUGACAUUCAGAUGGAGAUUCUCUCUGUUGGUCCCUUGUUUGGACGCUAUUGGUAUGCUCAAAAUGGUUCAACAUCUGAACAGGAAACACCUUAUCAUGCCACAGCUGCGGAAUACACAGAAAAGCAACUUCUUAUGAAUGUAUCUGCACAACUCAGUCUUACUGGAAAAGGUUAUAGUAAUUUUUCUGUGCUUUUUCUGGAGGGUCUUUAUGACCCACAUGUUGGAAAGAUGUAUCUAAUUGGUUGCAGAGAUGUGCGAGCAUCAUGGAAGGUCUUAUAUCAGAGCUAUGAUCUUGAGGCUGGAAUGGACUGUUUGAUUCAGGUGGUUGUGGCUUACCCUCCAACUACAACUCGGUGGCUAGUCCAACCCACGGCUACAAUUUCUAUUGAAAGUCAAAGGACUGAUGAUGAUGCCCUUCGAUUUAAUACAAUAAAACUUCAGACUUUUCCAAUCAUAUACAGGAAGCAACGUGAGGAUGUCCUUUCACACAGAGGUGUCGAAGGGAUUCUCCGAAUCUUGACACUUUCGUUUGCAGUUGGGUGCAUUUUGAGCCAGCUGUUUUAUAUAAAGUGUAAUGUGGAUUCUCUUCCAUAUGUGUCUCUUGUUGUGGUAGGUGUUCAAGCUCUUGGGUAUUGCAUUCCUCUUGUCACAGGUGCUGAAGCUCUUUUUAAGAAAAUGGUUUCUGAAUCUUAUGAUGAGUCAUCUAGUGAAUUGGAGAGCAGUGAGUGGCUCCACAUCAUUGAUUACACUGUGAAACUGCUAUUGAUUGUAUCAUUGCUACUAACUCUGCGACUUUUUCAGAAGGUGUGGAAGUCUCGCAUCAGAUUGCAAACACGAACCCCUCUUGAGCCACGUUGUGUCCCCACUGAUAACUGGGUAUUUCUUUCUACCUUCGCCAUACACAUGAUGGGGUAUAUAAUUGUGCUAAUAAUUCAUGGCACAAAGACUAGUCAGAAGGCUCUCAUAGCAAAGACAUAUUUGAUUGAGAGAGGAAAUUCUCAUUCAUUGCCAGAUUGGGCAAAAGAAUUGGAAGAAUAUGUAGGUCUUGUUGAAGACUUUUUCUUGCUUCCUCAAAUUAUUGGGAACUUAAUUUGGCAUCUUGAUUGUAAACCACUCAGAAAACUAUAUUUUAUUGGAAUCACUGUGGUCAGACUUCUUCCUCAUAUAUAUGAUUACAUUCGAGCUCCUAUUCCAAAUCCUUACUUUUCUGAGGACUCUGAAUUUGUCAAUCCAAAUUUGGAUUUUUACUCAAAAUUUGGGGAUAUUGCCAUUCCUUUGACUGCUAUUAUUCUUGCACUUGUGGUCUAUAUUCAACAAAGAUGGAGCUAUGAGAAGCUGAGUCAGAUUCUGAAAUUUGGGCAGUAUAAGCUUCUCCCGAGUUUCAGAUAUGAGAGAUUGCCUUCUAGGUCUUGUGAAUCUGAACUAGUUCCUGGUAUCAAUGGUAGUGCUGCAAAAGAGAAAGAGCAAGAUGGUGUAGAAUGAUGAAUGAUGUAGACACUUUAGAAUUACUGACAGCGGCUGUUGUACACAUACAUGAAAAGUAGAUUAGAGUUUUGGCGGAUGUAUUAUUAUGUAUGGUGUUGACUCAUACACAAUAAUCAAGUGAAUUGUGGUUUUACUCUUCAAUUUCGGAUUCUUUAUUCACCAAUUAUUGCUGCUUAGUUAUCCACUAAUGUUCUACCAACCCUACCUUGCUAUACUUUACAAGAUUGAGAUCAGAGGUCUAAGGGUGUUUAUUUAUAUAUGUUAUUAUUUGGGCGGUGAUGAAUUUGAUACAAGAAAGGUUAGGAAAUUUAAUCAAGAAAGAUUGUAUAAACAAGUAGAAUAUCAUAUACUGUUACGAAUUUAGGGCUUACUGCAUUGUUUGGAUAAAAACUGUCAACAUCCAAAACUACCCCAUGGAAAUAUCUUAUAAAACUUGAUAAACU